GAGCAAACAAGGCACAAGCCCAAGGCUUCAGAGCCCGCCGUGCGCAACAUCGCCAGUCCGGAUGGAAUGCAGUAUGCCAAAUGUCUCUAUAACCGGCUCGCAAAAGCCCAGGCUGGAGGCCAACGGACAGACGUCCAUCUAAUCGAAGCCUCCCGCCGGGAGUGUAACAAAAUAUCUCAAAGCUACAGUAACCUUUUCGAAAGCUACAAAAUACUAUGGGAUCAAAACCAAAAGCUCGAAUCGAAGCUUUCCGCUGCUUCGAAUGCCAACACUCAGCUGCGGGAUUGCAUCUCGACGAACGAGACACUGAAGGCGGCACUCGGGUUUGAACUCAAGGAGAGCGAGGACGAAAACGCCGCGGUCAAGGAGUGGCACUAUCAAGAAAUCAAAAAUAAGGACGUCGAAAUUGCUAUACUAAAGGAAAAACUAAACGCGAUGCAUAAACAGGUUGAACAGUCUGGAAUGAACAUUGCAACCCCCAAAGUGUGA